CAAACACAGCUGACGUGGUGCAGAUGGAUUUUGUUGCUGGAGCCAUUGGAGGUGGUGUUAGUGCUGCAGUAAGUUAUCCAUUGGAUACAAUAAAGGUGAGAAUUCAGACAGAAGCACACUAUCGUGGAAUAUCGCACUGUAUCAGAGAGAUAUAUAGAACUGAAAGGGUGCCAGGUUUCUUCAAAGGCAUUUCAAUAACGAUUUUAAUGACAUCACUGAUCUCAUCAUUUUCAUUUGGAAUCUACAAAAACUUCCUUUAUGGUAUCUGUAGAUUACGAUAUGGCUCUGCAGACAGAAAACCAUCAAAAGUGGAUAUAUCUUUUGCAGGUUGUGUUACUGGAGCUGUCCGGGUUGUGCUAAUAUCACCUGCAGAAAUAGCCAAAGUAAGAUUACAGAUCCAGAAAGACCCAUAUUACUUGAUAGGAUCAGCUCGUCCCUUUGACUCCCAACCUAAGUAUCAAGGUUCCUUGCAUUGUCUGAGGACAAUAGUCAAAGAAGAAGGCCUUGCAGGUCUAUACAAAGGAUCUUUGGCUCUAUUGGGCAGGGAUUGUCAUUCAUGUGGAGCGUAUUUUCUCACCUACUCUGUCCUGUGUGAUUGGCUUACUCCAACUGGUAAAAACAAACCAGACCUUUGGGCUGUGCUUCUAUCUGGAGGCUGUGCUGGUGUUCUUGCUUGGGGUACAGCAACCCCAAUGGAUGUCAUUAAAGCCCGAAUGCAAGCAGAUGGUGAUGGACAGCGUAAAUAUACUGGACUAGUGCACUGUGUCAGAGACAGCAUAAGGGAAGAAGGAGUAAGAGUUCUUUUUAAAGGCCUUGGACUAAACUCACUUCGUGCAUUUCCUACAAAUAUGAUGAUAUUCUUAAUUUAUGAAGCUGUUCUUAGAUUUGGGGAACGUUUGGAGAAAUGAAGAUUGUAUUUCAGCAUUAUUCUAUAAGUGGUUUUAAAGCCAAUUUAUUUAAAUACUUUUUUAGAAAACUCUUGGCUUGAUAAAUUAUCUUUAUGUUUGCAAAUUUCAGAAUUGGAUGUAUGCAUUAAAACUUUAUUAUGCUGUCAAUAGUUUUUUGGGGGGUGUUUGUGUAGCAUGAGGGGAAUAAAUUAGGAUGCUUUUGUUUAUAAUUACAUAAUUACAAACAAGAGUUAGGAUGAGUUCACAUUGCUAGAAUUACUGAUCUUGUAGGAGUUCUUCUAGGAGCUGAAGGCCUGCUGUUCAUUUAAUCAAUUCAAGAGGGUCAAAACUGUAUCUCAGUCUUGACUGCAUUUUCUUUUAUUUAUUAAAUAUGCUUUUAAAAAAAGACUCCUUGAAGAUUAAAGAUACUGUUAAAAAUAAGAUAACUUUUUAAUUGUAGUCUGUAUCUCACCUAAGUUUAAAAAUCAUUUGAAAGGGGGCGGAGGGUUAGUAUACAUUUAAACAAUGACUGUGUUGCCUACUUCAUUAAUUAUGGGAUGAUGACAACUAGCUUCCUUGUCAAAGGAAUUGUUUGUAAAUAA